UGUUGUAAAAAAAGAACAAUAAACAAUGAAAACGAGAGCGCAGAGAACGUAUGACACAGUGGUUGCCCCCUUUAAAAGCUAGGCACAGUUUUAAAUUUCUCAGCUCCCAAACAAAGAUAAUAAAGAGACACAUUCUUCUCUCACUUUUCAAAUAUUCAAAUAUAUAUAUAUAUAUUUUUAUGUAUCUAUAGCUACGUCACUCUCUCUUAUAUGUUUUUAUAUAUAUAUAUUCCUUCUUUGUCUUUGUCUUUAGUUAUAACUUAUACAGGGUCUUUAUUACAUGUGACUCAUUGGAACAAAAAUACUACUCUUAUUCUUCUUCUUCUUCUUCUUCUCUAUGGGAAAAGAUCAUUCAAAUUCUGGGGUUGAUGAUCAUCAAGAGGAAGAAGAUGUCUCACUUUGUGAUCUUCUCGUCGAAGACUUGUACGAUGCAAAAAACGACGCCGUUACUACUAGCAGUGUCAUCGAAACGCAGGAUGAUGAGUUCGCGUUUGGUGGCUCUCUCUCCACGGCAUCCGAAAUGUGCACCGCCGACGAAUUAUUCUUCGGCGGCCAAAUUCUACCGCUCAGACUUUCUGUAAGCUCCGAUGCUGGCCCGGUUCGGAACGACACGACCAGAAAGCUCGGCUCAGGAUCCGAAUUCAUAAGCAGUCGGAGCAGUAGCUGUAGCAGUAGAAGUACCCAACACUCGACCACCAUAGCCAUAACUCGAGUCACUUCAGAGCCAAGGUUGGGAAACAGAAACCAUUUCUUCUUCCACCCGAGUCCGAAGCCCCAGAUCCGCGCUUCGAGUGCAAGGUUAGAGCGAGUCGGUAGCAUUAAUAGUACUCCGCGUAAGCAUAAAUUUUCGAUGUGGGAUUUUUUUCGGUUAGGUUUGGUACGGACACCCGAUAUUGAAUUUCAAGAAUUGAAUAAUAAGGUUAAUUUCAUUCGCAGCAACAGUCGAGUGAAUAAUAUGAUUAAUACCAAAGGUAGUUCUUCUUCUUCUUCUCCUUCUGUUAGUCGAAAUAACAGCGUAAAUAAUAAUUAUAGUACAACUGGGGAGAAGGAGAACGGCGCCGUUUUGAACGUGGAUAAGCAGAAGAGGAUGAAAUUCUUAAGCGGAUGCAAAUGCUCGGCAGACGCAGCAGUAGCGCCCAACGUCAUCGUGGUAAAGAGCAAAGGUACAACUCCUAAUGCGGGGAAUUGUAGUGGUACAAGUGUUGCGAAGCAUAGUUUGGGACAACAACAAGUUCAUGAAGAAUCCAAAACGACGUCGUCGACUACAAAGAUAAAAGGUAGUAAUAAGAAGGUGCAGCAACAUAAUAAUGCAGAUCAAAAGCAACGGCAAAAGCAAGCAAUGUCGCAUCACCGAACGUAUGAAUGGUUAAAGGAGCUUUCGCAUGCAAACCUUUCUAUGCAUGUUUAAAAAAAGAAAGAAGUAGAAUAAGAAGAAUAUUUACUAGUGUUUUCUAGUGUGGUGGGGUUUCUAGACACUUUGAAAAAAAAAAUGUCUCUUUAGUUUAUAGAAAAGCCCUUUUUUUAAAAAAAAAAAAAUAUAUGCAUGCUUUUGUUCAUUUAGUUUCAUUAGCUAGUAAAACACUUAUAUGCAUAUGCUUGUUGUUUUAAUUAUAUAUAGUUUGUAUAUUAAUAUGUCUCUUUCAUAUUUUGUUCCUUUUAUUUGAAUAAGAAAAGCGCUGAAAGACAUAUUGAUGUUUAGCA